UUACAGAGCCUAUGAUCACUGAAACUGAAGAAAGUAGCUCAGGGUACCCAGUCCCUGAAGGUUUGGAUGCCCAUUCUUAUUCGCCAGAUAUUUCUCUCAGACCUAGUAAAUUGAAGGAUGAGUUUGGAUUGACAACGUCCUCCUCAGUGUUACACAUCUUACCCACAACAAAACUAUCAAGUGUUGGCACUGAAUUCACCAAAGAUGUGGUAAAAACAAGCACGGAAACAUCUGUGGGACCUUUAGGUGUAUCAGGUACCGCUGAGGACAAGGACAAACCUGAUAAUACAACUGAGAGAGGUGAGAAAGAGCUGGAAAGUACUCAAACAACAAGUAUGAAAAUAACAGAUGCAAGCUUCCCUGAUUCUGAACCGUCAUCAUUGGGCACUGAAGUUUUUGAAAAAACUAAAUCAUCAAGCCUUGAAGUGACUGUCAAAACAUUAGGUAUAUCUUCAGUAUCUGAAGUAACAGAAGAAUCCAGCAUACCCAGCACAGAGGAGAAUGAGGAACAAGUUACAAUAUCACCUUCUAUUCUAGUUAGCAUGGCUAGCAUGAAGAUAUCAACAGCAGAAAGUAGAGAUAUCCACGAAGUGCACACAGUAAGCCCAGAACCCUCGGUAAGACCAUCAGUUGUAUCAGUCACCAUGGAAGAGAAGGAGAAAACUCACAAAAUCACAACAGUGAGAGAUGAAAGAGAGACAACAACUGCACAAGCAACCAGUAUUAAUUUACAGUACAGCACAAACCCGUCAAUUAUGGCUUUAGAUUUUACUGAGGAAACUGAGAAAUCAAGUUUUUAUACUUUUUCUUUUUCUCGCCACCAAACUCCCAAUGAAUCUCUAGUUGUCUUUUUAGGUACCACAGUUGGGCUAAAACCAGAAGUUCCUGCAACUAAAGAGUCUUAUCAACAAGUAUUGUCUGAUUUGAUUUCAACCUACCAGCCGCUUGGCCCUCUGGAUUAUACGGAAGCUUUUUCAUCUACCAGAAAAUCUGCGGAUGAGUUGGAAAAACCACAGGACGUUACAUCUGUUUAUUCAGAUCUAGAGGUGUCUAGCACAUUCUUAAAGGACAUUAAAUUGACUUUAACACCUUUAUCAAAAGAUGAUGGUAUGAACAAUGGUGAUAUAUCUAUUGCUCCUCUGUUAGAAGCAGUGCCUCCUUCAGGUACGCUAGAAAGUACCUUAACACCUGAUUUAAACUAUGGAAUGGGUCACACCGUUGAAGGCCAUACAGUUGAUAUUCCAGGUGUACAUUCUUGCAUUGAAAAUAUUUGCUUGAAUUCUGGCACUUGUUACAAAAGGGGAAACAUCCAGAUGUGUUCUUGUCCUCCAGGAUACAGUGGCAUGCAAUGUGAAAUAGAUAUAGAUGAAUGCCACUCAAAUCCCUGUCGCAAUGGAGCCACUUGUGUUGAUGGCGUGAACUCCUUUACCUGCGUCUGCCUCCCAAGCUAUACAGGAGCACUUUGUGAACUAGAUACCGAGAUAUGUGAUUAUGGUUGGCACAAGUUUCAAGGCCACUGCUACAAAUACUUCACUCACCGGCGAGCUUGGGACACCGCAGAGAGGGAGUGUCGUCUGCAAGGAGCCCAUCUCACCAGCAUUCUUUCCCAUGAGGAGCAGCUGUUUGUGAAUCGUUUGGGACAAGACUACCAGUGGAUUGGCCUGAAUGACAAGAUGUUUGAAAAUGAUUUCCGCUGGACUGAUGGUCGACCUAUGCAAUACGAGAACUGGAGACCAAACCAGCCGGACAGUUUCUUCACAUCUGGAGAGGACUGUGUGGUAAUGAUUUGGCAUGAAGAUGGACAGUGGAAUGAUGUACCUUGCAACUACCAUCUGACCUUCACCUGCAAAAAGGGUACAGUCGCAUGUAGUCAGCCACCAGUGGUGCAAAAUGCCCGAACUUUUGGUACAACGCGGCCACGUUAUGAGAUAAACUCCCUCGUACGGUAUCAGUGCAAACAUGGCUUCAUCCAGAGACACCUACCGACUAUUAGAUGCCGGGGAGAUGGGCAAUGGGAUAGACCCAGAAUCUCUUGUAUGACACCAUCUGCCUACCAAAGGGCUUAUGCUCUGCGAUAUCAGUAUAAUGUCAUAUCUGGUAACAUCUGGAGACAUCCCACUGAACAUCUACGACACCACCAUCGCUGGAUAAAAAGAGAAGUCAGGGCUAGGCGCUGAGCCGAGUCACAAGUGCAAGUAGCCAAAGCCCAAAGAUGAUUAUUUUACACCAGAACAUGUCGAACAUUUACAAACUAAUUGUUUACACUCUUGGUCCAAACACCUGAAUUGAAAGCCUUUUUUCUCUUCUUCAGUAGGACACAAGUUAUAAUAACAGGAAGGAUAAAAUCAGCUGGUCACUGAAAUCUUUUCAUGACUGUGUCCAAGGCUUCCCUCUUGAAUGUCAGUUCAGUUUCUUGCUCUGCAAUUGUUUUUUAUCUAAUAUAUUUUAUACUUCACGACAUGAGCAUGUGACUGAAAAACUGGAUCUUCCAAAAAUAUCGAAAAAUUUGAAUAUGCAAAUAUGCAACAAGCAGCAUAUGUAAAUAGGGUGCAAUUUGACGGUGAAACAAUGUAAAUAAAUGAUAUGAUUUUUAAGACACUUAAUCAUAUGUUUAAACAGACUCUUUUCCUCAGAGUCUAUUGCUGCUCUUGUGUACAGGCUGGACAUGCUGUGUCUGUCUAUAAGGGAUUUAAGGAUGUCAACAAAUAGGCAUCAUUUUAUCAAGAAGGAAUCAGUGUUUGAGGAGACAACCUCUAUUUGUUUGUGAACAUUCAUGACAGGAGAGUGACUGAAACUGAGUUGACAAAUCAGGGCACAAGGUUUCCACUGGAAACAAGUGAAACGUGUGACAGGCCUUGAGGUGAUAAUCUGCAGUUAAGAUGGUACAAGGAUAGCGACGAAGCUGACUUCAUAGCAAAUGAAGUCAUGGAUGUGACAGCUUUCAAAGACUGCCAAGAAAGUGACACACAAAAGCCACCUGUGCCAGUGGGUGUUAUGUUUCUAACACUGCAGCUUUCGAACAGUUUAUGAGCACAUACAGAAAAUGUAUUUACAAAUGAGUUCAAGUGCUUAUUUUUUUUUAAAAACAAAACAUCGCUUAAAAAUAUGUCAAAUAAAAUGGUGAAUGUGUACUUUACUAUUGUAUGUUUUUUUGAAGUGCAGUAUGUUAAGAGCUAGAACAAAUUGAAUGUUGACUGACUUUGUGCUGUAGUUGGACUUGUAAGACCAUAAAGAUUUAAGUUACUACACAAUACAAUUUAAUUUUAAAA